UAAUAAUCUCCAACCCCAGCGUACCUGACCUCACUUCCUCUCCCACAAUUCCCAUUUGUACUUUACUACAGGUGCCUUUGCUCCCAAAGUCACCCAGCUGGAAAGCUAAGUUCCCAAAAAAGUCAAUUUAAACUGUAAAAAGAUUCAGUUCUAAAAAAUGAGAUUUGAGAGAGGAAUAUCCCUUAAACACACACACACACACACACACAUAUCAUUGAACACACUGUGUCUAUCCGUUUUCAUUCCUGUCAAAAAUUAAAUAUUUCACCAGCAAGGGGGAGUAAGUCGAGUUAAAGCCAUUAGUCCUAUCUGAUACAUCUAACCACUAGAUGGCGGCAUUUGGACUUAAUUGACAUUACUAAAUUAAUUGCUAUGCUAAUUGUUUUCAGCUGUUAAUGUGGCUGUUUGUGUUCCGCUGUUGUCUUUCCUUGGGGUUGUUUUUACUAGUUAUAAUUUUCAGUUGAAGCCUUCACGCAGUUUGCCUCUGCAAGAUUUUUCACGUAAAAUCGGCCUGUCUUUUCUGCUCUGAGUUUGGAUCCACAACACCUAAUCCUGCCUGGGAUUCAAGACAGCCCAGUGUCUCACACUCGCUUGUUUUUCAGACAAGAUGGAACUUUGUGUUGCUGCAGUGUUUUUGUCCUACUUCGCUCCAGCUCUGGGAUCAGCUUUUGGCAGGGAAAUGCCAGCUUCCAACAUGGAUGAAAUUCACGAGUACGACAAGCCAUUUCAUUAUGAUUAUGAAUCUCUGAGGAUCGGUGGUAUGAUCUUUGCUGUGAUUCUCUUCUUGAUGGGGAUCUUCCUCAUUGUCAGUCGGAAAUGCCGCUGCAAAGGGAAGAAGUCAAAGCCAGUGGGACUUGACACUGAAGCAGCAAGAGGUGCAAAAUAAAGUAAACUGAGGGAACAGAAACAGAAAGCAUGGCUACUUAAGGAGAAUCUUAAUCAAAUCUGUGGACAGUUGGAAGAAGAAAAGGUCACCUGAGGAUUUAGUUCUAGUGUUCACCACAAUUUUUAAAUAUGGCAAUAUGUCUUUGUCUCUUGUAUACAGAGUAUGAGUGCUCCUUUUUAAAAAUCAAAAAGUAAAAAAAAAAGUUUCAGUAAAACUGUUGAUUCCUAGCUAGAACUACUUUGCCAUAAUGUUUAAUUCAGGAGCUGAUAUCUGAGAUUUGUCUCUCAACUUUUUGUCAUGUGCUCUCAGUGAGGUUCAUAAAAUGUGUAGUAUAGUUAUGUGUAAGUGCUCAGUAGCUAAAGGAAAUAGUAGGCAUUUUAUAUAUUUUGUAAAUUGUCCUUCCAGUGUUGUCACUUUGCAGAAUUAACAAUAAAGCUGUACACUGUGAUUUAUAUGUAAUGUUAAGUGUAUGACGUAACAGUUAUGUAACGUUUGUGCUUUGCAUCUGCCCUGGUCUGUCUCUCGUAUUCAGUGUUAUAAAUAGUUGACCCUGUUAUUAGUACAACCAGUUUGAUCAUGCAGCUGUGUAGUUGAUUUUGCAAUAGUUUUUACAUUCUGUAAAAUAGAUAUUUCUUAAGAAUGAAUGUUGCCCAUAGCAACAUAAAGGCGUGUCGUAUUCAUUCGCGCUGUUUUUUUUUUGUUUUUUGUUUAGCCAAAUCACCACAAGUUGGGGUAGAUAAUUGGCGCCAUCUUGCGAUUCAAAGCGAUUACUACGACAACAAAUGAUACGGGACGCAAGGACUCCUAAAAUUAAAGAAAAAAAGCGAAAGUAUCAGCCUGAAGAACCGAAGAGAUACAUGAGAGAACACUUUAAAAAUAUAUAAAUUGAUAACUAGUCCAUAGGGAAAAAGUAAACUUGAUUGCAGAUUUACAAUGAUAGACUAGCCUAGGCCUACUAUUCUUUCUUGCAGUGUUGGUGUUGGUCGGUUAUAUUCGGCGCUGUAAUUUUCUUAAGCAAACGACAUUUAAUUCAAUGUAUUUUAUAAGUAGCCGUGAAAUAAGAUGUCGGAGUUUAUUUUUCGAUAAUGACCAUUUAUUGCUUACGUAUUAGAGUAGAUAUAGUGGAUACGCCUGGUGUUAGGAAUGGUUUAAGCAAAUGUACAGUAAUAUAAAUCUAUGACUUUAUCGGCGGUACGCUUUAAAGAAUUCUUAAUAAUCAUUUGAUAACUGGCUUUUGUUUGAGCGCGUAGCUACAAAUACAUCCCAAGGUGCACAAUCCACGCGCAAAUCUUUGAGUUUGUCGACCAUCCUCCUAGUCCAGUUGCUGCAUAGGUGGGGUUCUGUGUGUCGCAUAUAUUCACUGGGGGUGGGGGAGGUGUUUGGCUCAGGAUCCCCACCGCAUUGGCCAAUACGCAUUUUAUCUACCUAACGCCAGACCCGGGAGCUUCCCCUACCGAAUUAAAGAGAACACCCACAGACCUGCACCGCUAGGGGGCGUAAGUAUGUAACUUCCGAAGUCCAGCAUCGACGCAGUGCUCCACUAACGCGCUCUCUUCGUUCACGGUGCUCAAUUACAGCCUGUAGCAAGAUAAAGGAAUCCCUGUCUAGAGAGAGCACUGCAGUAAUGGCAGCUUCAACAGAGUCAUACGUGAAUUUGGACCAGAGUGCCUUUCAAUAUGAUUAUGAGACGUUGAGGACCACGGGUGUCAUCCUAGCUGUGGUUAUGUUCGUAGCCGGGAUUCUUAUUGCUUUGAAUCUAGUCCAGUGGAAGGCCCUCAGCCACCAAAGACAGAAGUUCCCCCUCAAACGGUGUAAAGCGGAUGGUGCGAUGGGGCGGCUCGUUAUAGCGAGAGGAAAUGCUCAGAUGCACAAAGUUACUUACAGGAAUGUGGAGGAGAGUAGAACCUGCUUGACCUCUUUUUGUAACCUCAGCCUAAAUGCUGAUCUAUUGCUGUACUUUUAGGUCACUCAGUAGCACUUGUGCUACAUUAUAUCCUUUUGUGUUCAUAUAGUGCUAAUGGCACCUUUCAUCUGACCGCAGUUAUUUUGCUUAUGCAUGAGUAAUUUGCUUUUAUUGAUAUUAUAUGAGGCUUUGAUCUAAAAAGGCAUUUAUGGAAAUAUUUACAGAGGAAUAACGAUUAGCAGACUGACUCAGACUCAAUCCUUUAGACAGAUAUGAUGAAAUUGAUAUUUACACUAGUUUACAUUUUAAUACAGAAUAAAUGACUUCUUAGCAGCUCUCCAGCAUGGAACUAUGCACAUUCCUGUGUGUCGCCCUGUGUAAUUUGUGCAUGCCAGGUUUCAACAAAAUGUAAGACAACUGUAAAAUUUUAGUAUUUAUGUCUUGUAUUUUAUAUUAUUUUAGAAUUUUAGUUAUUGAAUAUUUAUUAUUUGUAUAUUGAAAUAUACUAUUGAAUCCAUUCCAUCCAUUAACAGUUUUGACAACAACCAUAACAAGAUAAUCUAAAAAUGCACAGCUUUUUUUUUUUUUUUUUUUUUAAACAUCUUUUUGUUUACAAAUUGUAAGGCCAUUUAUUGGAUCAGUAAAAUCGGACAUCUUUAUGCAACUGUACAUUACUUUGUGGAGGGCUUAGAAAGACUAAUAAAGGCUUGUCUUAAGAA